AAAAAAAAUGUGCGCUGAGUAUGAAAUAUUUGGUUCUGCUCGAAACCUUUAUUUUUCACUUAUUUACAUUUUACAUCUCUCCCGGCUCCGAAAAUAUGCGUUAUAUAUGUAUAUUAGAUAAAUGAGUUUAAAAUGAGGAGCACAUCCACCAGCCACAAAUGCUGCAGCGAGUAUUAGUUGUUGAUUUGUAAAUAUAUUUUUAUCAGCCAUAAGCGAAUAGCAGAAAAAAAUGGCAAGAGAGAACGUGAUAUGAUAAGUAAAUGCAAGCACGAAAUAUAUAUAGAGCUAACUGAGAUUGAAGAGAGCAAAUAGUAAUUAACCGGCGUUAGUCGCGAUCACACUUCAGCGCUAAUCGAACGUUAGUUGCCGCUGAACUGGCGAUCGAGCAGGUUGCUUUCUUCGCCUUUGCUACAGCUUUCGUGCUUUGCGCAAUCACAUUCAGCGACUUUCAGACGCGGCGUGUUAAUUCAGUAACCAAUUUUGUCAGUGAGUUUGUUGUGAAACAAAGCGGAACGAUGACCAGUUUUGUAAACAUACCAGAAGGAAGUGAUUUCCCAUUGGAGAAUCUUCCAUAUGGCGUAUUCUCAACCAAAUCGAAUCCCCGCAAGCGCGUCGGUGUCGCCAUCGGUGAACAUGUGCUCGAUCUCGCCGGCGUAGCCCAACUUUAUCCACCCGAAGUGCAGGAUGCGCUCAACUCAGACUCGUUGAAUCUGCUUAUGAGUCUCGGUCACACAGCGUGGAAUGUGGUGCGUACGCGCACACGUGAGCUGUUGCUGAAGGGUUCGGUUCUCGAAGAGAACUUGGUGUUGGCUCGAAGCAUGCUUAUUCUACAAACUGAUUGCGAGCUGCAUCUGCCCGCCAAUAUCGGCGACUACACCGACUUCUAUUCAUCCAUACAUCAUGCCACCAAUGUUGGCAUUAUGUUCCGCGGUAAGGAAAAUGCUCUCAUGCCGAAUUGGCGUUACAUACCGGUGGGCUAUCAUGGACGCGCCAGCUCAGUGGUGGUCUCCGGCACACCGAUACGCCGUCCAUUGGGUCAAACUUUACCCGUAGAUGGUCAGCCACCUGUUUUUGGCGCUUGCAAGUUAUUAGACUUUGAGUUGGAAGUUGCUUUCUUCAUUGGUGGACCAGGUAAUCAGUUGGGCGAACGCAUUUCAGCUGAAGAUGCGUGGAAGAAUGUCUUCGGUUUUACAUUGAUGAAUGAUUGGAGUGCACGUGACAUACAGAAAUGGGAGUAUGUGCCUUUGGGUCCAUUCACAGCCAAGAAUUUGGGUACCACCAUUUCGCCAUGGGUAGUGCCCGUUGCAGCCUUGGAACCAUUCUUGGUUGACAAUUUCAAACAAGAACCGGAAGUCUUUCCAUAUUUGAAGCAUGAACGCCCAUUUAACUUUGACAUAAAUCUGGAGGUUUCUUUGAAACCCGAAGGUAGCGCUGAGUCUGUUAUCAGCAAGUCGAACUACAAAUAUUUGUACUGGACCGCCCUUCAGCAGAUUGCUCAUCAUACGGUCACUGGUUGUAAUGUACGCCCCGGCGAUUUAAUGGCUUCGGGCACGAUUAGCGGUGAGACGGAGGAUUCUUACGGCUCCAUGUUGGAACUGAGCUGGCGCGGUUCGAAGACAAUCAAUUUGGAGGGCGGUGCUACUAGGAAAUUCCUGCAGGAUGGCGAUGAGCUGAUUAUUCGCGGUCACUGCGCACGGAACGGUGUUCGCAUUGGUUUUGGUGAUUGUGCUGGAAAGGUCUUACCCGCUAUACCACUUUAAAGUGUAAACUCUUAUUGAUUUAUCUAAUUUGUUUGCAAUUUUUUCUUAAUUUUUUUACUAUAAAUGAAAACUUUUAUUUAUAAUAUAAUAAAGAAUAUUUGACUCUUGUACAAAAGCGGUGAACUUAAAGUCCAAGCAUGAGUUUGAAAUAAGAAUUGGAUUCUGUUAUACUGAUAUGAGGAAUAUUAUAAGAAAUACGUAUUUUGAAGGAAUAGUGA